CCCCUCUCUGAUUUCAUCCACUAUACACCAAAACACAUGCUUUACUUUCCAACUAAGCACAAACUACACACAAGUUGCCUCAAAUAUUCAACACUCUCACUUCAUAAACCCAAACCCUAUCUCUUAUCAUUUCCCUCUCUCUGCACCCAAAACCUUACCUUCAAUCACAAAGGCAAUGGCAUCUCUUUCAGCCACUUCUCUCACCUUCCAACCCUCUCUCAACUUCUCUACAGCCAUCUCACAGGGGUGCUACAAAACUUCACCUUUUGGUGCAGUUUGUGUGGGAUGGAACAGGAGAAGCUUCCCUUCUUUGAGAUCCUCCCGUUUUCGCAUUUGUGCAGUGCAGGCACAACCAGAAACAUUACAGAAGGUGUGUGAUAUUGUGAGGAAACAACUUGCUCUCCCCAAAGAAUCCGAGCUUACCCCAGACACCAAAUUUUCAGAUCUUGGUGCUGAUUCCCUUGACACGGUGGAAAUAGUGAUGACUUUGGAGGAAGAGUUUAACAUCAAUGUUGAGGAAGAUGGGUCUCAGAACAUCUCAACAGUUCAAGAAGCAGCUGAUUUAAUAGAGAAACUGGUUCAAGAGAAAAAAGUGGACCAGAACAAAGCAACUGAAGCAGCUUAAUAUCAUUUCUUUAUUUUUCCAUUGUGAUUUUCUUCAACUUCAUAAUUGGUUUGCCCCAAAGCCUUUUAUUUUUGUUUCAAAGCAUAAGCGUCUCAUUUGGUUUUGUAGGUAAAGAUGUUAGGUGAUGUUACCUUUUUCUCAUAUUCAAGUGCUUAAUUUUCUUUCUGCUUUUCUUUCAAAUUGGAAAUUAAACAGCAGCAUGCUCUAACUUAAAUUCUUGUGUCAACAACAUUCUUUGUUAUGAAAUUAUAAUUAUUGUGUUA